UCCAAAUCGGAAGAAUGGAGUAACGAUACGCAGCAUAGAAAGCCCAUUGUAGUGCUUCCACUCAAGUUCAAAAACGACGAACCAGUAUACUGGAAUCAUUGGCAGUGCUGAUGUUUCAUUACAAAGAUUAUUUUUGUUCGUGAAGUUUAAAAAAAUGUAUUAUCAGUGAAAUCUGUAGACCUAUGCACAUGUGUUUAAUAAUUCAAUUUUCUUUUUUAUUCGAAUUGAAGUGCACGUUAGGUUGCACGUGUACAGAAACAAACAGUUGUUUAUUACACGGAUGGCAAAACUAUUUUCUAAUCCUAGGCCGUAAUUUUAACGAGAUGACCUAUUAAAAACAAAAUUUUUGCGACAAGUUCGGCAAGUACUGGACCAAGUUUCGCGAAGUGAGGAAAAUAAAAGUCUCAUGCGUGAAAGCCGUAAUUGUCACUUAACUUUGACCUUGCCAAAAUUUAUCGAGCACAUUUCACUUUGUGCUCGUUACCACACAUACGCGCGCAUUUAAGAUGUGGAACGAGAUAAGAAAAAUACGAACAGUGAAGAGUGGAAGUAAUAACGACGCUGAUCUCGACGCGGUUUCGAGCUUCAAGUCAGUAAUGCAUGGGUCGAGAAUGACGAGAGACACACUUUCCCGCUGCACGUUUAUCUGCUAUUCAUCGGUUUUAAGCCAACGAAAUUAUCAAUUUGCGCUCUCAUUAAAUAGUAACUAUGACAACGAUAAAGCAAGAGCUACAAAGAGAACAGGAUAAAGCUCGAAGAAAUGUCGUGCCAGUUAUAUACACGAGAGGCACCCACUACGAGAUUGGAUUUGACGUUGGAAAAACGUUUGCGGAGAUGAUCCGCGAACAUGUUGAUCAUUAUUGGCCAUUGAAUGAAACUUACAUGAUCCUGUACGAAACUCAAGAAGGCAAAGGGAUUUACGAUGAGACGCUUGCCUGCGUUGAAAAACAAUAUUCGCAAUAUGUUCGCGAGAUUCGGGGUACCGCCGAUGGAUCUGGCGUACCUUUCCACAAGCUGUUUUUAAUGCAUCUGGAUGAUAUCAUAACGAUUGCGGCGUCGAAAGACGCUCAAAGAAGCCUAGAACCAGUAGGCUGUUCGGCGGUCGUCUGCAAUCAACCGGGACAGGAAAUAUUGGGUCACAACGAGGACGCUCUGAGCGAAACUUUGAGUCGCUGGUACCUUAUUGACGCGCACAUUAACGAACCGAAUUUGCCCGAGGAGAAGUUCUGCUCGCUGAGUUAUGCUGGGUUUUUGCCUGGUUACACAAUGGGCUACAACCAGCACGGCCUCGUCUUCUCCGUCAAUACACUCUACGCGUCGACUCUUCGAACCGGAAAGACUCCGCGAUACUUCUUGGCGCGCGCUUUACUUGGCGCCGAAACCUACACGCAACUCGAGGCAAUUUUGCGGAACGACGGCCACGGCGCUGCCGAGGGUUUUUCCGUAAACCUGAGCUUUCAUCAAGAGGUGCCUCGAACGUUUCGUAAUAUCGAGGUGGCCCCGGCGGAGCUGGGUCAAAGCUCCUCGAAAAUCAGCACCGUCACGGCUAACCCUGGGGAGUACUUCUACCAUUGCAACAAGUACCUGCAGAUGUUGAUUGACGAGAAUCCACGGGCAAUACGAAGUAGCAUUCAUCGAGGAAAAGCGAUAGAAAAACAUUCGCCGCCGGAAACGCUUCGAGAUGUCGUUGAAAUUCUUAGCGAUCAGAGUGAUGAGGAGCUACCUGUGUACCGAGAGCUUGGCGAAAGAUCGAAGACCAUUUGCACGGGAGUUUUCGACUUACUCAAGAAAACAUGGGCUAUAUAUAUUGAUAAACCCGAUCGUACGGCGCCUGUCAUUGUAUUACCUAUGUUCUUCAAAAAUGAUGAGUAAUCUGGGAAAAUAAAUUCGACAAAAUGUAUAAAUGUAUUAAAUGUUAUAUUAAAUUAAAUUUAAAUAAAAAAUGCUCCAACAAUACACGAGAAUCAAAAACACAUCAUUAGGCACAGAAGUAACAUAGGAAAAAGAGGAAUGAUUGUACGUUAUGAUCGAAAAUUCGAAGUAAGAUACACGACAUAUUAGAAUUUAAGAGUCAUAUAUUUGUUUGAAAUCUCAUUGAAGAUGAAGCAUUUUUCCGCCGAUUUUAAUAUUUUUUGCCUUUCUAAAUUUCGGAAAACGAUCCGAAGAGGACUGAGAAAUAAUGCAUUUGUUAAAAAAUGUUUAAUAAAAAAAUGACUCCGGCGCCUGGCCAUUAAAAGAAACAGAAUAACUCAUAAAGAGCUUUGCAAUUGUUGUUCAAAGUUGCAGAAAACAAUAAUGUCAUAAGAAUAAAUUGUUUCCAA